GGCUCAUGUUCUUCUGGUGGGUUGUUUUUGUUUCAUGUCAGUCAGCCGUUUCCUCAUGUGUUCCCACUUCCCCUGAUCACCUCCUGUGUGUAUUUAAGUCCUCUGUUUUCUGUAUGUCAUUGUCAGGUCGUCUGUUAUCCCAUUAUAGUCAUAGCCAUAGUGUUUCACAGUGUUUCUUAGUGUAUUUAGUUUUUCAUAACUCCUGCCACCGGCCAAAUAAAGGCUCGCCUUUUGUUCAUCACAACUCCUCUCUUCAGUGGGUCCGAUCAACAAAACACACCAGCGUACCCCGCCGUGACAGUAUGGAUAAUCUUGAAGGAUGAGUAUGUGAAUGCUGUUGUGGAGGUGUUAGACAUGAUCAUGAAUGUCUCACCAGUUGGGCAUCAGAAGAGAAAGAGGAAUUAUGGAGCAAGUUGGAUGAAGUGUCACCAGGGAAGAAAGUUGGUAGUUGAAGCAGACUUUAAUGGACAUGUAGGUCAAGGGAAAAGAGGUGAUGAGUUUGUGUUGGGUAUGUAAGAAGUUAAAGAGAGAAAUGCAAAAGGACAUACAGUUGUGGAUAUUGUAAAAAAGAUGGAAAUGGCCGUGGUGAAGAUGUAUGUCAAGAAAACAUUUGCAGAUGGUUGCUCUGACAAAAAGACAGGAGGCAGAGUUGAAGAUGCUAAGAUUUUCAUUUAAAGUCACCAGGAUGGAGAGGAUUAGUAAUGAUCAUAUUAGAGGGAGAGCUCAGGUUGAGCUAUUUGGAGACAACAAUAGAGAGGCAAGCCUGAGAUGGGUUGUACACGUGCAGAGCAGAGAUAGUAGAUUUACUAGACAAAGGAUGACAAGACGCGUGCCACGAAGACACGCUGUGGACCCAGCGGACUCCGACCUUUUCGAGCGGCAGGAGGCAGCGCUCUCCAUUUGGACGGGAAGCUCAGGUGGAAACAACGGCUCUUCUCAGAGAGGAAGCACGUUUUCGAAGGUACUCGUCUGGCUCUGGGCGGGCUUCGGAGACGCCGUGGUCCUCCACCUGCUGCCUCACCUGCACCGGAGCAUUCGCCGCGGAGAGUGGGAGUCACUCGCCAAGCUUCAGCUGCUCCCUCUCUCACCGUUCCGCUCCUUGGUCACACACCGCCAGCCGCUUCACUCACCGGCUUCUCCACCUCCCACCUCGGAGGCUGUUUCCGCGAAGGAGAAACGAGGCUCACGCCACCGUCACUCUUCCCAUUCAGAGCGGCAGUGUCCGGUGGUGAGUGAGACGGACUUUUUUCUUUCCUCUCACCACAACUCAGAGACUGUUCACCGCCCACCUAAACAAAAGACUGUGUACUGUGAUUACAUUCUGGACUUUCCAAUUAAUACUUACCAUCCAGCUUCCGAAGAGACUGUGCCACAAACCCAGGCCAUCAUUACAAACAUUCACACCACUAAGUCUGAUAAUUUCUCCCACUCCAUCACCAUUUCCUCACCCUUUGUUCAGCCUUUUCCUGCUAGCAGGGCGGCUCAGAUUCUGCCUUCCCCUUCACCUGUUUCACCUUCUCAGGUGAAGGCAGCUAAGGCUCAGCCUGUCCCUGUUCCAGCUCCUCGAGCAGCUAGGGCUCAGCACGUCCCCGCACCGGUACCAGUUCCUCCGGACGGUGCUGUUUACACCCAGCCAUCACCCAUUCCUGUGCCAGCUCCCAGGGCGAGGGCAGCUGUUACCCUGUCCACCCGUUUCUGCUCCUCGGGUGGGGGUGACUGGCGUCCAGUUAGCUCCCAUACCUGUCCCAGCACCCAGGGUGAGGGCAGCCAGGAUCCAACCUGACCUACCUAGAGGCUCAGCUGACGCUCUCCAGCCAUUGUCCGCCGCAAUAAAAUAAAUAAAUAAAUAAAAUAAAUCCUCUGCUAUGUUUUUACAGUGAAAGAGAAAAAAGUAAUAGAAUCAGUAAGUACAAGAAGUAGUGAAUAAACAGUAAUACAAACGAGCAGACUGAAAUCCAAAUCAUGUAAUUCACUUCCACAGUCCAGAGACGUGACAGCUAAAUGUUUCAACAGUGGCUGAAGCAUAGCAUUUUUAGUGGAGAUCACUUAUCUGAUUUUUCCAUACGUGUUCUUUCCUGCGUCUGAAAAUCAGAUAAGUGAUCUCCACUCCUCUGUCUAUAUAUGAUCCCCCUGCACUAAAAACUUUUUGUUCUUAUUUCCAUGCCCCUCCCUCGCUUUUUCAGUUAAUUUACUUCUCAUUAGUACACAAAGAUCUGCUAGGCCAGGGAAGUCACCACCCUCCGCAAACCGCAGCCUCAAUUGAAUCUCAAGUUAUCUGCCAGUAUCUGUUAGAAAUGCUGUCAAACCUCAUGAGGAUGUGGUCCAUGUUAGUGAAUUGCAACCAAUGUGACUGUGAUGAGAUCAAAGGUUUUAACUGUAAACUUCUUUGUCUCAGUCCAACACAUGUAGUCUGAUGAGUGCGGCUAUUAAGUCAACUCUCAUUUUAUCCUUUUGAAACAACAACCGAAGAACAAAACACAUUUUUUACAUUUCAGCCUCUGUGCAGAGCUGAAGUUCAACAUCUGGAAAGAAAAAGCUGCACAGCUGACCUUUGUAGGUAAUUUCGAUGUCUCUAACUCAUUAAGAAUAUUUUUAGUAUCUUUCUAUGAGUCUCCUCAUGCUCUGAAUCCAGUCAUUCCCCUCUAAGUGGUUAAUGACAGUUUGUACUCUGAAUCGGUGUUGCUAAGGGACUUAAUGAACGUCACACCAGAGUCUCCCCUCACCCUGACACAUCGCAUCACGUUUACAGGUUUAUAAAAUGAGGAGGAUCAACAG